CAAGGCAAGCAUGCCCACUGGUAGUGAGUACUUACUGUCCUUACUGACUUGUGUUUCAUUUCCUAAUGCUCAACUUAGAAACUGGAAAGAAAGAAAAGAAAGGAAACCACAUCCUUUGUAGUCUCAGUAUAUAUACAGUCAGUCAAGAACUGAAAACAGAUUUCCACGUUGAUUGAUGUGGGGACACCCGCCACAAUGAGGAACUCCUCAACCUCUCUCACAUCCUCUCUCUCCAUUGUAAUUUUUCUCCUGCUGAUUCCUGAAGAUUUCUGUGUAGAAAUUAUUGGAGGAAAUGAAGUGACUCCUCAUUCAAGACCCUACAUGGUUCUACUUAAAGGAGAAAAUAUCUGUGCUGGUGCUUUGAUUGCAAAAGACUGGGUAUUGACUGCAGCUCACUGUGUCCUGGAAAGAAAGUCCCAGGUCAUUCUCGGAGUUCACUCAAUAACCAAGAAUGAGCCAGAGAAACAGAUAAUGUUCGUUAAAAAACAAUUUCCCUAUCCAUGCUUUGAUAAGGACACACAUGAGAGUGAUCUUAAACUUCUACAGCUGAACAAAAAAGCAACAAUUAAUAAAAAUGUGGCUAUCCUUCGUCUCCCUGAAAACGGAGAUGAUGUGAAACCAGGAACCCAGUGUCGAGUUGCAGGCUGGGGGAAGUUUCACAAUAAGUCACCUGUGUCUGAUAUUCUAAGAGAAGUCAAUAUCACUGUCAUAGACAGAAAAAUCUGCAAUGACCAAAAGCACUAUAACUAUAAUCCUAUGAUUGGAGUGAAUAUGAUUUGUGCCGGAAGCUUCAAAGGUGGAAGAGACUCAUGCAGUGGAGAUUCUGGAAGCCCUUUGAUAUGUGAGGGUACUUUCAGAGGCAUCACUGCCUUUGGCCUUUUAGGCAAAUGCGGAAACCCUCAAGGGCCUGGCAUCUACACUCUUCUCUCAAAGAAGCACCUCAACUGGAUAAAAACAACUUUGAAGAAGGCAGUUUAGAUAGAUGUAUUUCAUUUUGCUUGCUGUCACUUCUUAAUCCUAUCAUAAAUAAAAUGAACAUAUAAAACUGUA